UAUGAAUGCUGGGACGGUCCAUUCUUCGCUCUCUUUUCCGCCAUCUUUGUUUCACGUGUGUGUAGAGUCUAUAGAAAGUCCAGGUAAAAUAGCAUAUCCCACUUUUCAGCUGUAAAAAAAAAUGCAAUAAAACUGUAAAAAAAUCCUUAAAAUUAUGUAUUACUUAUUUAGAUCACAAAAGAAAAUGCAGAACGAAGCUGGAGAAUACGUUGAUAUGUACACACCACGAAAAUGGUGGGUGAACCAUUAUAUGCUCGUGUUUGAUCUUUCAAGUUAACUAGUUUCUGAGUCAUUUUACUUUACCGCCUUGCGCAUUUACAUUUAGAGAUAGGUAAACCUUCGAAGGUGUUAAAUUUUUGCUAUCGAACCUUUGUAUCCCUUGAACUCCGAAUGGAAGUGGCAAAUUUAGAAGGGAAAAAUGUCAUUUUGCACGUGUUUUAUACACGCAUGUUGUUUUCUCUUCAGCUCCGUCACCAACAGUGUGAUUUCAGCAAAGGAUCAUGCUUCUGUGCAGAUUAACAUUGGAGAGGUAAAACUUGCAAUACUGUUAGUACUGUGUCAUAGUCUUUAGAAUGCCACUUAUGACAAAAAGAUUAGUAAUGGUAACAGGACUGAGUGGAGUCCAAUUCGGUCUGUAAUCAUACGAGUGAUUAACAAAAUCGGAUGACCACGUAGUGGGAGUCCGAUUUGUUUAAUCACGGGUAUGAUUACAGACCAAAUUGGACGACACGAAGUUCUGUUACCAAUUAAUCAUAACUGUAACAAAAUUUGUGAUAUAUAAGGCCCUUUUUUGAAAUCAAAACAGAAGAAAUUCCAAUUUUUUUGCUAGUAGUGAAAAAAAAAAGCCAUUUUAGCGCACGCUUGAUGGCGCGUACUGUCCAAUUACUUAGGCAUGACGCGUACUGUCCUAUUAAAUUGUCCAAUCAAGGCUGAAAUCAGGGCAGUUGAUAGCCAAUCAGAUUUGAGAAUUUUGUUAUAGUUAUGAGUAAUAAGUAAAUAUCAAGAAGAACCCAAAUAUUUGCAACAGACCAUGAGUAUUGGUAUCAAGAUAAGAAUAUGGGUAUUAUAAAACCAACCUAAUUAUAUUUUCGCAUCAAUAUAUGUACGUUAUAGGCACGAUGCAUACAUACCUAUACGUGAGAAACCAUUACGUCAUAACAUGAACAACACAUCCUUUAUUUAGAAUGCGUCUGUCAGUCGUCUGAUGCAGUUGUAUCCUAAUAGAAGGAUGCAUCACGCAGUCAGUCAUCCGAUGCAGAUAUUAAAUCAAUGAUAUCCCUCCAGUAAAAUACUAAUAAAUGUUCUAAGCUAGAACUUGUAGUUAGAUAUGAAAACCACUAUAAAACCACCCCAGGGAUGUGGCCAAAAAAUAUAUGGAAACAUAUUCCCCUACUAAUGCAGUGGCACAUAAAACCCCAGGGAAAGGGGUGAAGGAAAAUACAUUACAAUGUUACAAAAACUACUCCAAAAUUAUACUAAUGGAAAAGGGUGCUCGUCUAAAUACCUAAAUUCAUAAACUAUGUACUAAAAUAAGAAAUGUUAUUCCAAAACAUACAGAUUUGACAGACAUAACAAAAUAACAUGUAGCAAAGGAAAACUAUCAGAAGGGCUGAGCUGAUGUAGAAUGGCACUAGUCUCGUGCCAAAACCAUAAAUAGCCGGAUACUAUCCCAGGAACACCAGCGCACCUCUAUACCGUGCCGUCAGAAUAUUAAUUUUUGACUAAUUCAUUCCCAUGUCUCUCAAUCGUCAGAAAUUACAUAUUCUGGCAUGGCAUACUGACUUUCUAAAAUCUUUGUUAAAUACAGAUUGAUGAAACUGGACGGUACACUGGCAAUUUCAAAACAUAUGCCUUGUGUGGAAACAUCAGACAACAGGUGGGGGAAUUAAUUGCCUUUCAAAAUUGUGCUUGUUAUUGAUGUUUCCUGAGAUCGCACCAGCAUUUUUUCAAUUGUUGGAGGGCAUACUCUUGCCCUCCAACAUGGCAGCCAAAACUACUUUUUGCUUAUAUCUUGUCAAACGUUUGAUAGUUAUACUCAGAUGUGCUGCAAAUGUUACCACAUCAUCUUUUCAACACUUUCCUUGAAGUUUAAGUCCAAAAUUUGUGUUUAGAAAGAGGUAAUUCAUGAUUUUAAGAAUCACAUUUUGGUCACAUGACCAGCUACGAACUUACUCAUUUUUAGAAAAUCGUGCUGGUGUGAAAAACCAAAUAACUAUUAUUUCGCUUAAGAUAUGACCCACUAAUGGUUUUUCGAAGGCAAAAUCAUAUAACUUUCAUUUUCAUAAAAACAAUGCCACAUGACCUCUUAGUGCAAAUGGCCUAUUGUGCAGGUGUCGAGACAAGUGCUGAAAUUAUCCAAAUUUGUUUUCUUUAUUAUAAUUAUUUUAUUAUUAUUAUUAUUGUUAUUAUUAUCAAGGCUCGAAAUAAUUUCCGGAGAGCCUUCAGACACGAUGACCGGCCAAAUUCAUUUUAACUCGGUCACUUGUUUCUGGCCGGUCAAAUUUAUGAGGUAAAUAAUUCAGCUGUGGGUUCAGAUAUUUCACGGGGUCUAGGGGCCGCGAAAUUUGUUAGAAAUCUUAUCUAAAUACAUGUCGAUACAACAUAUUUGAAACUUAUCUUGGCUAUUGGGGCUGUUAAUUGCCGUCAACUUCAUCCCCACAAAGAGCGAACAACAUUCCAAAACUACUAGGCAUAAGUUAUGUUGGGGACAACUGGGCACUAUUCAUGAUGUUUUAAAAAGCUUUGCCAUUGGCUCAUUUCUCGAGCGCUUUGUUGUUAAAAUAGCAAGUGAUUAUCUCUGUAAAAAACUUUAAACAUGCUCGUCAAAUCAGCACAAAAUCAAUCGAUUUCUAGCGAAAUUUGUCCAGAAAAUUCCGACGAAAUCGACCGUUUUUAUCUAUUGUUUUUCGGCUAAGUUAGUCCCGAAAAUUUCCGAGAAAUUCCCGCGAUAUCAGCCGAUUUUUCUGCGAGUCUCUCUAAAAAUCCAGCGAAACUUGACUUUUUUCUCCGCGACCGAUCAGACGCCCUUAAGUUGUUGCUUAACUCAUAAAAGUGAAAAUAUUUUUAAUUUUGUGACCGAAAGCGCGUGGACCCCAAUGUCUGUUUCAAUGCGCGAAUUGUAAACAACUGUUCUAGUUGUAUUUCACCCAGGAUUUCAGAUCAACGUUUCGCAAUGCACAGCGACUUGCUACAUACUGAUAACAAUUGAAACAACUGAUUUCAUUUUCAAUACGAUCGAUUGUGACCGGUCAAAAUGACCGGCAAGACGAAAAGUUGACUGGUCAACUCCCCAAUCAGUCCGGACAUUGUCCGUUGACCGGCCGUUAUUUCGAGCCCUGUAUUAUUAUUAUUAUUAUUAUUUAUAAUGUAUUUCUCCCAUUGUUCUGAAAGCUAGUUAACUUAUCGUUUCAUUUAUGUAGGGUGAGGCUGAUGAUGCUCUGACCAGGUUGUGUUGCAAACAUGGCAUCAUAAACAAGUAUGUUUAUCCUCACUCUUAA